AGGAGUUGUUUUAUGAAGUACUACAAAAUGCCAAGUUUCCAGAUGGCUAUGUGUCUAAUAUCUCACGUUGCAUUCGCAAACGAAAGAUAUCUAGGUUAAAAACUCAUGAUUGUCAUGUUAUAAUGCAAGAACUUCUUCCUGUUGCCUUGCGGAGAUCAGUAGAUAAAAGAGUUAGUUCCAUUUUAAUUGAACUAUGUAUAUUCUUUAGUGUUCUGUGUAGCAAAGAACUAAAAGUAGAAGAGUUAAAGUUACUUGAAGAAAAAAUUCCAGAAACAUUGUCAACUAUGGAGAAACUUUUCCUCCCAGGAUUCUUUACUGUUAUGAUACAUUUGGUAAUUCACUUGGCAACUGAGGCUAAACAUGCGAGGCCAGUACCUUAUCGCUGGAUGUACCCAAUUAAGAGGUAUUUGGGUACUUUAAAAUCAUAUGUUCAUAAUCGUGCAUGUCUAGAAGGUUCGAUAGCAGAAGCAUAUAUAGCAAAUGAGUGUAUGGCAUUUUGCUCACGAUAUUUGAGGGGUGAAGAUUCAAGGUCUUAUUGUUCAAGAAAAUGCAGUGAUGAGAUUGAGCAUGAGACUAGUAAAGAAGAAUGUCUUUUUCUAAAUGUCGGGGAGUCGUACGGUGGAGUAGAUGUAUUUGAGUUGGAUGAAAAAACAAGGUUGCAAGCACAUCGACAUGCGCUUUUCAAUUGCGAGUCAGAAGUGGUUGAGAAUUAUAAAAAGGAACAUAUUGCAGAAAUCAAGAGAUCGCAUUGUAAGCGUCGUUUGAGUCAACACCAACUUGAUCGUGGGCAUUUCGAUACAUUUCAUGAGUGGUUCAAGGAGAAAGUAAAGGAUCUUGAAGCCACAUCUAACAUCUUAAAGGAUAUUAAAGUCCUUGCACAAGGGCCGAGUUACAUUGCGAAAAGAUUUAAUACGUUCGAUGUAAAUAACAGGUAUCGGUUUCGAACGAAGCAAAGUGAAGAAUUUAUGGUGACACAAAAUAGUGGUGUUAUGGUCAUUUCAAAGACUGAAAGUUAUGCAAGUACAAGUGACAAUACUCCAAAGUCUGCAUAUAUCACAUAUUGUGAUAGAUUGAAUGAUAUUGUGGAGUUAAACUACUAUGAAGCAUUUAAGGUUGUUUUAUUUAAGUGUGAUUGGGUUGAUGUAACCAAAGGUAGAGGAGUUAAGGAAGAUGACUUGGGUUUCACACUUGUGAAUUUCUCACGCCUUAUAGACUCUGGCGGUCGGUUCUCAUGAGCCCUUUAUUUUUGCAGAACAAGCUCAACAAGUAAUAUUUAUACAAGAUCCUAAAGAUCAUGAAUGGUUUGUCCCUAGGUUAAUUAAACCUCAAGAUAUUUUUAAUAUGGGAGAGGAAAAUAGUUUGCAGUUUGAGUCAUCAAUGCAGAGUGAUGCCAUUGACUUGGCUCUCCUAAAAAAUACUCGUGUUCCAGAAGAUGAGUAUAAUGAUUGGGUAAGAAGUGGUGUCGAUGGGAUAGAAAUUGAUACAAACGUACAUUCUCAAGCUUCUCCAAAUGAUGGUAAAGCUAGUGUUGAGGGAGGAAAUGACAGUGAAAAUGAAUAAGAUAGGUGGAACUUAUAGAAUAUUUUUCUUGCGAGUGUUAUUUAAGAAUUCUUGUGAUUUUUUUACUGCAAAAAUUUGAAUAAAUAUACUUUUUUGCUUUCAAUUUGAGUCAUUUUACAGAAGAUGCAUGUUAGUCAGCUAUGGAUUUUUCAUGUUUGUAUUGGUUGAUUUGAGUCAAUUCUUUGUGAUUUCUUUUGCUUAUAUUUUGCUGAUUGUAGCUAUUGUAUUGCAAUUUGCUAAGGUGUUAUUAUCGCUAGACAAUAGUUUUUGCUCGUGCAUCAAUACUUUUUAUCUCUUUAACUAUCUCUGUCGCAAGGCUUUGUCCGUGUGCUUGAAUUGCUAUUCAUUUUUUUCACAGCUUGAGACGAGGACUAUGUUUCCUCCUAUUUUGCGUGUGACCUGCUGAUUGGUUGGAGUUAAUUUGGUACUAGUAUAACUUAAUGCAUCUAGAUAAUUUCUUUAUUUUAGAAAGAAACUAUGCAAACUAGAGAUCGCAAUCGACUGGUAAUUGAACAAGAUUAUGAUGAAGAUGUGAGACCUUAUAUUGAGCACUUGAUGGAUGGUCAAAACUACUCUAGAGCCCAGCCAUAUAUUGAGCAGUUGAUGGAUAGUCAAAAUUACUCUAACGCCCAAGCACAUGAUGGUCAAUCUAAUGAGUUGAAUAGGUCUGAUGGUGGCACUGAAAUUCCAAAUGAUGACGAUUCAGGUAAUUCAGAAGCAAAAAGGGUUCGUGGGCCUACUUUACUAAAAGAGAUUUGGAAACUUCCGCCGAGGAAGACAAUUGAUGUGCCCUUUAAUAAUCGUAACCAAGCUAUUGGGAAAGAGGGUCGA